AUGCGUCGUCCGAGCGCUCUGCCACCACGCCCUGCUGCGCUGUGCCCCGGGAAAGCGGGUGUACUUGCGGAACUUGAUGCUGCGUACGUCUCAACAGGACCACCUGCUGAACUAUGCAUUGAGAAUCAUCAAUCUUCGUGCUUGAAAUACAGGAGUAAAAUCCCGCGAGAGGUCGUUCGAGAAUUGCACUAUUCAUUGUCCGAGUUCCUACUUCCUUUAUGGCCUUUGAAGGACGGAGUGCGCCAGAGAAUAUUAAUAGAAGGAGGAAGCGGUACUGGCAAGACGACGCUGGGCGUGAAGCUGGCCUACGACUGGGGUAAAGGCGACGUAGGCGCCGUACAGGGUUACCAUUUGUGCUUCGUCGUCCCGCUGCGUUACUAUGACGGCAGUCUUCUGAACUUGAUCCAGAAAGAAUUACUACCGAAGCAGUUUUCGGGGAAGGCGACGCUGCUUGACAUGUACGAAUACAUGCGCAAUAACGACGACAAGCUUUUGCUGAUCCUCGACGGAUGGGACGAGCUCGCCACGGCGCGAAACAACCCGCAGUCGCAUUCCGAACUCGUUGAUAUCAUCAAGGGACGUGUUUUCCCGCGUUCCUGCGUUGUCGUCAUGACGAACCCCGGUGUCGGCGGAUGUGAGCUGAGGAAACUUGUUCAACGUGUGUACUACAUGCGUAACUUCGACGCGCCGCAGAUCCGGCAGUUCGUCCACGGUUACUUCAAGAGUAUCGACAAGCCGGAUGAGGCUGAAAAGGUGCUAUGCAGUAAUGUCAUGCAGUCAGCGGACUUGCGCUGUACCUUGUUGGGAACUCCGGUCAUGUGCUUGAUGACGUGCUUGCUAUUCGAGGAGAGCAAUGGGAGCUACGUGAUGGAAAGCGCGUCGCGAAUCUACGAGGACCUUACGCAAAUGCUCCUGCGGCGAGCGUCGGAAAAGCGGAGCGGAAUAUCGAAGCAUAUCGUGACUCGUGACGUUUCCGACUUCUUGCUUCGGGUGCUAGGGAAACUGUCGCUCAAGUUUUUCGGCACCGAAAGGGCGCUUUUCUAUGAGCAAGAGCUGAAGGAUUCCGAUGCGUAUCAGGCGUUGGAGCUGGGCUUGCUGAGCAAAGGAUGGUGCAUGAGUCGUCGAGAAAAGCACGUGCUGGUGCAUCCGCUGCACAAGUCGUUUUUACAUUUCUGGGUUGCCAAGUACCUGGCGAGUAUUUCGCCGUCGAGAACUAUUGAAAUGCUCGACAGUGUUCGUUGGAUCGAGCCUGAUCUCUGGCUGCGAUUUCUGGUUGGCUGUAUGAAACCGAACGCACAUCUGAUUUUCGAACGGUUCAAAUUCGAGGCGAUUCCCACUAAGCAACUCUUCGCCCUGCUGAAGGAGAAUGGUCACCACAGCCGCAGUGUUCAUGCCGUUUGUGAACUUCUGAACACGAAGGCCAGAGCUCAGAUCCAAAUGGAUUCUGUGAAUCUCGAAGGAUGGGCAAUGGUGUUGAGUGAUCCCAGCUGCUCAACAGACACCGUCGAAAUCAUCUUGAAGCAGCGCGCAGUGCUUUCGGAUCAGUGGAUGGAUCGGCUUUUUGCAGCCCUGCGACUCAAUGAAAGCGUGAAAACAGUGAAACUCGGCACUUCCUUGGGCCAGGACUUGAGUGCCACAGAUAUCAAAGUGAUCUCGCAGUACAUACGAAUGGUUAUCCAGAAACCAAAGCUGCAGUCCCUGGAGCUUGUGUUCAGAACUGUGGAUGAAGAUAAAACCCAACACAACGCGUUUGCCCCGCUGAUCCAGUGCUUGUGCUGCGAGUUGCGGCGCGGAGCAGCUUCGCCGACGUUGAACAAAUUGAUAAUUGACAUGGACAUGACUCCCGAGCAAGUUGUGGCUCUAUGUAGAGCUCUAGAAUGCUGUCCCAGCGUCCAAGUUGUGCAUCUUCUGCACUUGGUGUGCACUCAACGCGCGUUCCUCGGUGUCGCGGAACUCGUUGCGGCGCGGCCGCUGUUGGCGUUGAACCUGACCGGCGCUUGGUACCCCAGUGACAAUGAGGAGCCGGAUAGUUUUCAGACAGGUUCACUUUUUGACGUGAAGUCGACGCGUUCGAGCAGCAGUGGUGCCACGAGCCCUGCUUGGGCGAGUUAUGGGAUCGAAGUUGGUUCUCUGCGACGCUUCAACACCCUGCGGCGUAACCCACACCCUCCGCCGAUCUGCGAUUGCUGCGAGCACUCACGAAUUUCAGACUCUGAACGUUACGCAUUGUUCGUUCUCACUCGGAUACGAUCGCUGAAGUCGUUGAAUAUCUCUGGCUGGACUGUGAAAUUGGAGGAAGCGAGAUCAUUGCAUUGCUUGGGAAGCUUUCUAAAAACAUGCACCAUAAGAGAUCUGAAUUUGGCUGGAUGCAAGAUAUUCGUCUCCGUGGAAGAUCCCGAAAAAGGAAAAUAUGAUUCAUUGCUGGAAACUUUAUCUAAGGGUCUUCAGCCAUAUCCUGAGUGUGAAGUCGCCUUCUUGAAUCUGUCCGGCUGUCAAGUGAUGAUGAUGACUUCUCGCGGACAAGUGACCCUGCAGGCGUCAGAUCUGAUACCGUUUUUAUCCCCCCUAGCCAAACUGACAUCUUUGAAUGCGAGUUUGAAGCGUGGUAAUGACCCUGUAUGCAAGAUUGGGGAGAAGACAAUUAUCAACUUUUUUCAAAGUCUUGGUAGCAAACUCUCCAACUUGAGGCGUUUGACCAUUUCGAAUUGGUCGGCGCAAAUUGAAAACUCCGAGAAAGCCUCAAAAGUGAUAGCAAAAUCAUUGAAGCAGUUGGAUCUGAAAGCUUUGACGGUCAACCGUCUGCAAGUCGUGGACGGUCUUGGACAAAAAUCAUUGUCGCAUAUUUUUUUGUCAACUCUUCUGCUUGGACUGCCGCAGUUGACGUAUUUUUCAAUCAAAGGGACCGUAAUGUCUGUCGAAGAGGCUGCUGUUGUAGCCAGGUGUAUAGCGGAGAGACAUAAAGGUCCGUUCCUGGACUUGUCCGUGCGACAUUUUCCACCGGAAGUGUUGAAAGAGUUCCGUGCGGUUUUGAUUGCCUCGGGGAAAUUUUUCCCGUCUGUGAUACGCUGUGCUGCGUGUCACAACGAGGAGCUCAGAAUUGAACUGCGGCCUGCGCAGAACACCGGAGUUUGGGACGCAUUUGCAUGCAGUCUCAAGUGAAGAAUUUCUCUAACGACUAUUUCCUUCGAAGAGUUUUCCACGCUGAUCGCGACCGUACCUGUGCCAAUAUGAAUGUUUUACACUUGCCUUCGUGAUUUGUGGCGGUGAAGCAUGCGCUGUAAGUUUUCGUUAUUUUCACUUGUAAAGGUUCACUUCUGACUUCCAUUGAAAUUUUCUUCGGAUUGCUGUGAUAUAUUUUUUCAUAGAUCGAAGCGUCGUUGAACUUUGAGCCAUAAUGAUGGAUUUAUAGCAAAAUUCCCUUUAAUUCUGAAUGUAGAUGAGUUGCUGUUAGCCUGCAAUUGCUGGUGACAUCAACACUUGAUGUCCAUUUGAGUUAUAGACUGGAUUUCCUAAAUGCUGUGAUGUUUGCUUGGAAUAAUUUAUACCUGGUGUUGAUGUUUUGAAACUCGGAAUACAAUUGAGGGUUAAACGAA